AAAAUCAAGGCUUUUGUUUGAUUUGACAUUAAAUUGACGUUUUGUGUUAAUGGCAAUACAUGUCACAUCUUAUGUUAUAUACUAAUAGUCACUUUGUCAAAAUUCCCCGUUGCUACGCGAUCGAUGCUGUAUGUGUGUGUUCCUUAACUGUCGCUGGCAGUUAGCUUAUUCGCCUCUAGCUAACAGCUAACUUUAGGCAUUUGCAAAGCGCUCUCACUCACAGAGGAAGAAUGCACACCCACGGGGAGCAUGGAGGAAGCCAACCCAGGACCAGUGGCGCAGCCAUGAUGAAGCGCCUGAGGAGGACGAAAGUCAUGAGCAGCGGGGGAAGGAAGCGGUGCCCAGGGGCACCUGCAGGACCAUGUGCCCCGCACGUGAGCUGCAGAGCCGUGAGGCGCAGAAUCGCCUUCACCGUUUUGAGGUGGUGGCAGGUACUGAAAAGGAGCGACGGCCAAAAGGAGACGCCUUGCGUGCUGUCAAGGAGUAUUCUAGACCGGCUGCCGGAAAGGACUCCACAAACCCGUCUGACCUGCGACCACCUGCAGUGUUGCUGAAAACUGUGUGCUACCUCAUUGAUGACGUUGCUGGAUCUCCUUGUCAGCAUCCUUGGACUGAGGUUUACGGCUUUGUAUUUGACCGGUUGCGUGGUGUGAAGCAGGACAUGAUCAUCCAGAGAGUGUCAGGGUUGAACUGUGUGGCCAUUCUAGAGCGGACGGUACGAUUCCUGAUAUAUGCCUCUUAUCGGCUCUGCGGCGAGCCUCUGGGGCUCUACGACCCACGCAUCAACGACACACAUCUGCAGGAGAACCUGAGCUGGUUGUUGGACUGCUAUGCAAAAGAAACGGACCGUCAUCCCAAUCAGGAAGAGUUCCAGGCACUUGGCCUUCUUUACAACUUAGGUUCAACUCAGGCCACACAACACAUCAUGGAGCUCCCUAAGCAGCUCCGCAGUACUCAUAGCAUCAGGCUCGCACUGUCCAUCAAUCGGGCUUUUCUGGAGCGAAACCCUGUACGUUUGCUCCGAUUGGCGCAGAACUUGAACUUCCUGCAGUGCUGUGCACUUCACCGGCACUUGGUGACAUGUCGUCGGGAUCUGCUGCUGAUACUCAGCCAUGCUUAUAGCAGUCGCAACUGUCGCUUUCCCCUUGAGAGACUGGCUCAGCUCUUAUCUUUAGACACGUCACUUACGGCUCGCCUCUGUCAGGCUUACAGAGUGGAAGUUAACCAUGACAACGAAGUGGUCUUCUCCAAAGCUGCUUUCACUGAACCCGAGCAAGGGAAUCUGCACUGUAAACUAUAUCACAACUUGGUAGCUGAGAAACAGAGAGACCUCACUGUUGGAAACAUCAUUCAUGGCUGUGCUUAAGACAAGGAAAAGUAGUAGUAGCAAGGUGAUUGUAGGAAACGUACUAAGAUUUCUACAGUGAUACUUAAUUUUUAUUCCAAAGGGAGCUAAUCCCCUAAUUAAUCUUUUCCAGAUUAGAUGGCCGGAUUCCUUUUGACUGAUGAAAUAUUCUCUUAUUAAUAUAUGCUCUAGUUCAAGUUUGUUGGUGAGCUAAAGGUUUGCAUUACAAGUUCAGUGAGGUGCCAGAAUUGACUUUUUAAAUGUGAACUAUUUUAUACUGUGAGUGUUACUGUUCUGAUGUUGUAUCUAGGAAAAAUACACAUGGUAAUUAAUGCUAUUUUCUCAAGUAUUGUACCGCAAACAUUUUAAUAAACGAUUUAUAUAUAAAAGACAAA